AGGUCUGGAGGUUUGCUAUGUUUUUGUGUUCCGUGAGUGCAAACAUCAAUCUGAUCUCAAGACUACUAUUGCUGGUAAAGCAGAAUGGACAUUGCAGUUCAGAGAGAAGACAUCAUGAGGACUGCAGUUGGGUGAGGUGUGAAUGGAAGGUAAGGAAGUGGAGACAGUGAAUACAGAUAAUUCUUUCAUGAAGUCGGCCACUGGAAAAAGAUAAGAAAUAGUUGGAUGAAAAGACAAGAAUGAAGAGUUUUUCACUGUGGGAGGGACUUUAGUAGGGCUUGUGAAUUAGAUGGAACAAGUCACUAGGGUGGGUGAAAAGGAAGAAAUAAAGGAGAAAAUAAAUACAUAUUAAGGAAGCAAAAUCCUAGACCUUAGGGAGGGAGCAUAGAUGGUCAAGUUUGAAUCCAGGUCUUUAACGAUCUUCAGUAACGUAAUAGAAUUAAAUAGAAAUGUUAUGAUCCCUAACAUCAGACCCAUGACUUUCUUUUUGACUUAAACUGUCUUUCAGGCAGGCUGACUGUCACUCAUGAUGAGCUGUGCCCCUAAUGCUUCACACUCUCCGGUUUUUUUGCUCCUCGGGUUCUCGAGAGCUAGCAUCUCCCACACUCUCCUCUUCUUCCUGUUCCUGGCUAUUUACCUGACCACCAUACUGGGGAAUGUGACACUGGUGCUGCUCGUCUCCUGGGACUCCAGACUGCACUCACCCAUGUAUUAUCUGCUUCGUGGCCUCUCUGUGAUAGACAUGGGGCUAUCCACAGUUAUGCUGCCCCAGUUGCUGGCCCAUUUGGUCUCUGAUUACCCAACCAUUCCUGCUGCCUGCUGCUUGGCUCAGUUCUUUUUCUUCUAUGCAUUUGGGGUUACAGAUACACUUGUCAUUGCUGUCAUGGCUCUGGAUCGCUAUGUGGCCAUCUGUGACCCCCUGCACUAUGCUUUGGUAAUGAAUCACCAACGGUGUGCCUGCUUACUAGCCUUGAGCUGGAUGGUGUCCGUACUGCACACCAUGUUGCAUGUAGGACUCGUCCUGCUUCUUUGCUGGACUGGGGAUACUGGGGGCAACGUUAACCUUCCUCACUUCUUUUGUGACCACCGGCCACUUCUGCGAGCCUCUUGUUCUGACAUACAUUCUAAUGAGCUGGCCAUAUUCUUUGAGGGUGGCUUCCUUAUGCUGGGCCCCUGUGCCCUCAUUGUACUCUCUUAUGUCCGAAUUGGGGUCACUAUUCUACGUUUGCCUUCAGCUGCUGGUCGCCGCCGAGCAGUCUCCACCUGUGGAUCCCACCUCACCAUGGUUGGUUUCCUCUACGGCACCAUCAUUUGGGUCUACUUCCAGCCUCCCUCCCAGAACUCUCAGUAUCAGGACAUGGUGGCUUCAGUAAUGUAUACUGCCAUUACACCUUUGGCCAACCCAUUUGUGUAUAGCCUCUGCAAUAAGGAUGUCAAGGGUGCACUCUGCAGGCUGCUUGAAUGGGGAAAGGUAGACCCCUGAUUAGCCUGCUGUGGGCCAUAUUGAAUAGGUGAGAAAAGUCAUGGGCAUAUUCUAAGCAGAGUUGGUUUCGGGGAGAUCAGAGGGGUGGAGGGCCUAGAUAACUUAAGGAACUCCAGAUUUGGCUCUUGUCAAUGUUGUGCUUUGAUGGAGCCAUGAACAUUCCACAUUCAUAGACACAUAAUAUCAGGGCUCCCUUAUCAGCAUACCUCUGGGCACCCUCCAUCAGACCUUUUAUUUUAUCAAAGUGGAUGAAAAUGAAUUACCAAGUCUGGGCAGUUUUAAUUUUAGAGUUCUGAGGGAAUAUGAGGAUAGGAUUGUGCAACUAUGAACUAAAUGAAGAGCAGUAGAGUUAAUCAUCAUCAUCACAUUUAGGUUGGUGUGCGUUCUUGUGGGAGUGUGUUUGUGUAUAUCAGAAAGUAAGGGAAGAUGACAGUUUAGACAAAUAAGGCUGUCAAGU